AUUUCAGGACAUUCACCGAAAAAGAAUGGAGAAGGACCUCACUGAGCUCCACACCCUGAUCGACUCUCACUUUGACAAGCGUAAGAAGGAGGAGGAGGAGCUUCUCAGCCUCACAGAUCGCAUUGAGACACGCAGGUCAGAGAGAGCAGAGCAGACGAAGAUCAGGGCGGAGAGAGAAAAAGAACGGCAGAACAGAGUGAACGAAGAGAAAGCGAGAAAAGAAGAGGGAGAGGCCAAGAAGAAAGCCGCCGACGACGCAAGGAAGAAGAUGAUUCUGUCCAACUUUAGUUACACCGGAUACAACCAGACACAGCCGGGCGCCAAAAAACAAACGGAGCGAGAAAAGAAGAAGAAGAUCCUAAACGACCGACGCCAAGAGUUAGACGUUGAUCACAUGAAAGAGGACCAACUCAGGGAAAAGGCCAAAGAAAUGUGGGAGCGGGUUCGCCAGCUGGAGGCCGAGAAAUUUGAUCAUCAGUAUAAUCAAGCGAAGCAAAAGUACGAGAUCACGGUGCUGAGAAACCGGGUCAGUGAUCACCAGAAAGUAUCAAAGGGCAGCAGAAGCAAGCGUGGCCUGAGGAAGUAA